AUGCCACUCAACCACAUGUAUUUAGAGUUCGUAAAUGGAGGCAACUACAUCACCAUUUACUACCUCCCUGACCCUCUCCUCCCUCUCUGUAACAAUGGCGAUCGACUUCACCUUCCUCUUCAUCGUCUUCUCGCUCAUUCUUUCUUUCUUCUUCAUUCUCAACAAAAAAACUAAUGGUUCCAACACUCCGAACCUGCCACCCGGCCCACCAAAGUUACCCAUCAUCGGAAACAUCCACCAGAUCACCGGAGCACUGCCGCACCAUUCUUUCCGUCACCUAGCCAAGAAAUACGGCCCAAUCAUGCACCUGCAACUCGGCCAAAUCUCCACCAUUGUCGUCUCAUCACCUAGGUUAGCUAAAGACGUCUUCAAAACCAACGAUCUCGCCCUCGCCAGCCGCCCCAGCUCGGUGUUCGGGGAUAUAGUUUUGUACGGUAGCACCGACGUUGCUCUUGGUCCUUACGGUGAUUACUGGCGACAACUAAAGAAGAUCAUCACUGUCGAACUGUUGAGUAACAAAAAAGUCCGAUCAUUCAGCAGCUUUCGACAGCAAGAAGUCGACAGUUUCACCCAGUUCAUUCGAUCGGCCUGUGGAAAGCCGGUAACCCUACGUGAGAAGGUGACUGAAAUGAUCAACAACAUCGUUUGCAAAUCGUCUUUUGGUGAGCACUGCAAACAACAAGACGUAUUGAUCGAGUUGGUGGACGAACUAGGGAUAUUGGUGAGUGGGUUUUAUGUUGCCGAUCUGUUUCCUGAGUUUGGGUUUCUUUCGGUGAUUUCUGGGAUGAAAUCCAAGUUGAACACGAUUCACAAGAGCCUGGACAAGAUUUUUGAUGAAAUCUUUGAGGAUAGGAAAAGCAGAAAAUCACUAAAAGGAGAAUCGGACAACGAUCUGCUUGAUGUUCUUUUCACCAUCAAAGAGAGUGGUGGUCUUCAAUUUCCCAUCACCGAUGACAACAUCAAGGCUGUUUUUGUGAAUAUGUUUACGGGAGGCACUGAUACAAGUGCAAUGACAAUAGAAUGGGCGAUGUCCGAAAUGAUGAAAAACCCGAAUGUGAUGGAGAAAGCACAAAAAGAAGUGAGAGAAACAUUCAAGGGAAAAAAAACAAUCGUCGAGGCCGACUUAGAAGAUUUGGUUUACCUUAAACUCAUAAUCAAAGAAACUCUGAGGCUUCAUCCUCCUCUCCCUUUGUUACUUCCAAGGGAAUGUAUAGAGCAGUGUCAGAUUGAUGGUUACGAUAUACCAUUAAAAACAAAAGUGAUUGUCAAUGCUUUUGCAUGUGCAGUCGAUCCUGAAUACUGGGAUGAUGCAGAAAGCUUCAAGCCAGAGAGAUUUGACAAGUCUUCAGUUGACUUCAUGGGCACAAACUUUGAGUUUGUUCCUUUUGGAGCAGGGAGGCGGAUGUGUCCUGGGAUUACUUUUGGUUUGAUUUCUAUUGAGUUUGCUCUUGCUCAAAUGCUAUAUUACUUCAAUUGGCAACUUCCUUCUGGAUUAAGUCCUAAAGAUGUAGACAUGACAGAGAAUGAUGGAGCUACUGCAACAAAAAAAGUUCCCCUGUCGGUUAUGCCAACUCUCAAUUCUUCAAUUUGACGAGCAACUCGAGAGAACAAAUAAGAGUGAUGGUUUUUCCAUGUUAUAUAGCAAUAAAUUGAAUGUGGUAUCUUUCUCUACGUGUAAUAUGUAAUUUCACUUAACUUUAGAUUAAAUUCAAUAGUAUACAAAUAAUUUCAUUUUCUCUAU